AUGUCGGACGUCUCCGUAAGCGCGGAACUCGCCAAAAUCCAUCUGAAAUAUGCAGAUGAGGAGACUGCAUUGAAGAAAGCUCAAGCUGAAAUCAUAUAUAAACAGCAAUUAAUCAAGAUGGACCUUGAACUUUUAGCAGAAAAACGUGCUAUUGAAGAAAUGUAUUCUAAGGACAGCACUACUAGUUCAGAGGAUUUAACAGAUGUUAGUUCGUGGUGUUCAAGCGAAUACAUGCCAACAUCUGUGAAAGCUGAAGAGGAGAACUUUCAGUCAGUUUAUUUAUCAGCUGAGACACCAGCAUUCGUUCCUAGACACGUGGAGCCACAUGCGCCCAAACGUAUUAGAAAUGGACUCACCUAUCACCCUGCACAGCCAUUGGUAACAGACCCAUCUGCAAGGGAACUCUUCCCCAAUCGACCAAAAGCUGCGUCGUCAAACUACGUACCUUUACGAGCUAACACACACGAUAACAGACUUAUCAACACUCCUGGAGCACAUUGUCUACCAGAACAAGCAUGGAAAGACACCGUUCAUUCAUGGGAUUAUUCUCCAGAACCUACCUCAGCGUUUGAUAGGAAUCUGCUUCCUCCCGAAGUAGAUCAUACGCAACAUACAGGAGCUCGUCAUGUAGAUCAGUGUUCGGACUUUGCGAAAUUCCUUCUCAAAAAGGAUCUUGUUCUUACAAGACUUUCUAAGUUUGAUGACCGACCUGAAAACUACCUAGCUUGGAAACACAGUUUCAAAUCAGUGAUGAAGGAGCUUGACAUUAGCGCAUCAGAAGAAUUGGACUUGCUCGUGAAAUACUUGGGCCCUAGUUCAACUGCUCAGGCAAUAAGCGUUAGAUCAUCGAAUCCAACAGAUCAUCAGAGAGGACUCGUUCGUAUAUGGAAUCGACUAAAUGACCGGUAUGGCAGCCCACAAGUGAUAGAGGCUGCACUAAAGCGGAAACUUGAAAACUUUGCUAAAAUCGGUGUUAGAGAAAAGGAGAAACUUUACGUACUCUCGGAUAUUCUCUCAGAGAUUGAGUCAGUGAUGGAGGACUCACAGCUCAGAGACUUGUUAUCGUACUUUAACACUUCCUCUGGUACAACACCUAUUGUCGCAAAGUUACCGCCAUCUCUGCAGUCCAAAUGGAGAGACAGAGCCGUGAAAUAUAAGAACAGACACAAGGUGGCUUUUCCUCCCUUUAGAGAGUUCAGUGAAUUUAUUCGUGAACAGAGUAUUAUCUGGAACGACCCUGGAUUUGUAUUCUCAUGCAAUCCACAGCCAGUUCAGACAGGAAACAGGGGACUCAGUGUGAAUAACAGGAAAACAGCUGUGAGAGACUCUAUCAAUUCUCUGGGAUCAAAGUGCCCUAUACAUAAUGCAGAUCAUAGCUUACAGGACUGUAAGGGAUUUCUAAAGCUCUCUAUGACAGAAAGGAAGAAGUUCUUGCGAGACCGCAAUUUGUGUUUCAAGUGUUGUGAGUCUACGAGUCACCGCGCAAAGGACUGUAAUGUGCCAGUUAAAUGUAGAAUAUGCUCGAGUGAUAAACAUUCCACAGCACUGCAUGUUGGUGUUACCCAUAGGACUCAAGGCAAUCCCGAGCCUCAGGUCAGUGAAGCAGCCGAGCUCCAUGGCGGGGAGCCACAAACGUCUUUGUGUACGGAAGUAUGCGGACCAGGAUUUUCUGGGAAAUCCUGCGGGAAAGCAGUACUUGUGCGUGUUUACUCCGCUGAAACGCCUCAGAACUAUUAUCAUACUUACGCUCUUAUCGACGACCAGAGCAAUAGGACACUGGCCCGUUCAAAACUUUUUGAUGCUCUGUGUAGCCCUAAGACAGAGUCAGUGCAGUAUACCCUGUCAACUUGUGCUGGACGCUCAACCGUGACUGGAAGACAGAUAUCUGGACUUACUAUAGAAUCACUAGAUGGGACAUAUAGAAUUGGUCUUCCACCAGUUAUCGAAUGCAAUAACAUUCCAAAUGAUCGUCAAGAGAUCCCUACACCAGAUGUGAUCACACAUUUUGAACACUUGAAAGGUAUUCAGAUCCCACCUCUUGAUGAGAAGGCAAACAUUUUACUUCUUAUUGGAAGAGACUUACCAGAAGUACACCAUGUAUUGGAACAGAAGACGGGGCCAAGGACUGCUCCAUUUGCCCAGCGGCUACCACUUGGUUGGGUAGUGAUCGGUAACGUUUGUCUAGGAGACACGUGUACACCAUCAACUGUAGCUAGCGUCAACAAAACUACAAUCCUGAGUAGUGGACGACCAUCUGCAUUUGAACCAUGUGAUAAUCACUUAGCUGUUUCAAUAAAUACUGGGAAAGGUGACAGAAUUGGACAGGAUGUGUUUGUUCGGACAAAGGAUGAUGAGAAUGAGGGAUACUCUGUCGAGGACCGACGGUUCAUGAAAAUCAUGGAUAAGGAGUUUAAGAAAACACCAGAUGGUCAUUGGGAAGCCCCAUUACCAUUUAAGGAGUCAGGUUCCGCUUUACCCAAUAAUAGAGAGGAAGCGCUGAAACGUGCACGGAUCCUACAGAAGAGUCUUCAAAGAGACCCUGUGAAACGGGACCAUUUUUGCACUUUCGUGACAAAGCUGCUGCAGAAUGGACAUGCAGAAGUGGCGCCACCACUUGAUGCAGAACAGGAGUGUUGGUAUCUACCGUUAUUCGGAGUGUACCAUCCACGGAAAAGGGACCAGGUUAGAGUGGUUUUCGAUUCCUCAGCUAACUACAAGGGAAUCUCACUAAACGCCGUUUUGAUGUCAGGACCUGUGCUUAUGAACAGUCUAGUUGGUGUCCUACAUCACUUCCGCAAGGAGCCAGUUGCUGUAAUGGCCGAUAUACAGCAGAUGUUUUAUGGAUUUUUCGUGACAGAAAAUCAUCGCAAUUUCUUGCGCUUCUUUUGGCACCAGGACCAUGAUCCCCACAAAGAGCUGUUUGAGUAUAGGAUGUGCGUCCACGUUUUUGGAAAUUCCCCUUCUCCGGCGGUUGCGACCUAUGGUCUCCGUCGUUGUGUGGAACAAUCUGAGGAUCCGGAAGUGAAGGAAUUUGUUAACAACCAAUUCUAUGUGGACGAUGGUUUGGCAUCCUUCCCAACAGAAGAGGAAGCUAUAAGUGUAUUACAGAAGACACGAGAGACUCUGUUUCAAGAGGGACAACUUAAGCUCCACAAGAUAGCGUCCAACAGUAAGACUGUCAUGAACAGCUUUUGCACAGAGGACUUAGCAAGUGACUUAAAAACUUUAGAAAUUGCUAAGGCUGACUUACCUUUGCAGCACAGUCUUGGACUGGUCUGGGACCUCAACACAGACACAUUCACAUAUCGAGUGCGGGACGGUGAGAAGCCAUUUACCAGGAGAGGCGUGCUGUCUGUGGUCAAUAGUCUAUUUGACCCCCUCGGAAUGAUCGCACCAGUCGUACUCCAGGGAAGAAUCCUGAUGCGUGACUUGAUAGCUGAGACUAUAGAUUGGGACGACCCAUUACCAGAGUGUCGCAUAAAGGACUGGAGGAAUUGGAAGGACUCUUUAAAAUCUCUAGAACAUCUUCAGGUUCCCAGAUGUUUACUUCAGCAUUCCUACAAGGACUGUGAUGUGAAAUGUCUGCAUGUGUUUUCAGAUGCCUCAGAGCAAGCGAUUGCUGCUGUCGCAUUCCUGCAAGCUAUUGACAGUAAUAGAACUAUUCGUAUAGGCUUCACAUAUGGGAAAUCCAAGAUAGCACCAAAACAUGGCCACACCAUACCGAGGCUUGAACUCUGUGCGGCAGUGUUGGCUGUUGAAGUCGGUGAGAUGGUAUCUCAACAUCUCGGACUUGAAUUGAGUGACAUUCAGUACUAUUCAGAUAGUCGAGUAGUGUUAGGAUAUCUACAGAAUGCAAGUAGACGGUUCUACAUUUACGUCAGCAACCGUGUUGCAAGGAUCCACAGGUCAUCUCAACCUGAUCAGUGGAACUACAUAAGUACCGAGAUAAAUCCUGCAGACUCAGGAACAAGAAUCAUGUUGGCAUCUCAACUUCAGGAUAGUUCAUGGCUGAAAGGUCCGGACUUCUUAUACACAGAAACUAAGUCUGAUUUGAGUGAAGGUUUUCAUCUUGUCAACCCUGAGAGUGAUCGAGAGAUUCGUCCUGAGGUUACUACAUGCAAGACCAACACGGAUGGCAUGGAAACAGUAGGAUAUCUCAGAACAUCUCGUUUCAAGCGAUUUUCCAGUUGGAAAUCUCUCUUAUCUGCAAUAAGAGUGUUGCUGCGAUUUGCAACAAAGUUCAGAAAGAAGAACAAAGAGACUAAAACUAAUGACACAGAACUUAUCCAGCAGGCAGAGGACCAAAUUGUUAGAGCAGUGCAGCUAAAUACCUACCCUAGAGAGACUGAAGCUCUAAUGGAUGGCAGACCCAUACCGCGGACAAGCUCCAUUCUAAAGCUUGCGCCCUUUAUAGAUGACGAAAGGAUCAUGAGAGUGGGAGCUAGACUCCAGAUAUCAGACCUACCAUAUGAUGAGAAACAUCCAGUCUUGAUUCAAGGAAAACAUCAUGUUGCAUCAUUGAUUGUUAGACAUUUCCAUAAACAGACAGUUAUGUGA